AUGAGCUACACACCAAGAUCGGCGGAUGUGUACGCGUACGACCCAGCUCUACCACCAACCAAUGUACCAAUUGUAUCUGGAGCAACCGCUUAUGACUGCCCACAGAGCGGCAACACGUUCAUAUUGAUCGUCAACGAAGCACUUUACUAUGGGAACCGGUUAGAUCAUUCAUUGAUCAACCCAAACCAAGUCCGCAAGUUCGGAAUUCCCCUAUGGGACAAUCCGUUUGAUGAAAUGAGGAAUAUUGGCAUCGAAACUAAGCCGAUAUUUGUUGCACUCAAGGCAAAGGGGACAAAAUUACUAUUUGAUUCAAGGGCCCCAACUGACCAAGAACUUGCAAAUUGCCCCCACAUUGAUAUGACGAGCAAAGUGCCUUGGAACCCAGGUACCGUACAACUUGGGAAGGUCUCAAUUGUCCACAAAGACCCAAUAGAUGACCCAAGAUCCAACGAAGCUGAAUUGAGACAAUUGGAUCCAAUCAUGCAAGGAAUGAACGAAUGGCGCACGGUACAGCAGACAAUAGUCGAUGGGGAAAGAUUCUUCCAACAAGUUGGACGAAUGGACGAUGAUGCACGAUUCGCAGACGUACCUGUGAGACCGUCCUUUGUAUCCACGGAACGACACACCAAAGCAACGGCAGAGAAGGUAUCUGAACGACUGGGAAUCGGUUUGCACAGAGCACGAGCCACCUUGAGAUCGACACUACAAAGGGGAACGCGAUCCGCCAUACUACCACUGGCAAGGAGGUACCGAGCGGACCGCAUGUUCCUAAGACCAAGACUGAAAGGCAAGUUCUCAACUGACACGGCCUAUUUCAAUCACAAGUCAAUACGAGGCAACAUUGCAAGCCAGAUCUAUUUCCACAAGAGCGGUUUCUACAGUUGCCAUCAUCUCUCAAAAGUGGACGACAAGCAAGUUGGGCCGACCCCCAAGAAAUCCAUAGCUGACUACGGUAUAUCAGAGCACCUCACAAUGGACGGAGCAGCGGUACAAGUGGGACGCAACACAAGCUUUAUGGAAACGAUCAACAGAGCCGCGAUUAACUACCACAUCUCCAGACCAUACCGACCGGAAGAAAACCCAGCCAAAGGGGGAGUCAGAGAGCUCAAACGACGAUUCUACAGAUUGAUAGUCAAGCAUGGGAUACCAGAACGGCUAUGGGACUUUGUGCUCGAUUAUGUGGUUGAUACCAUGAACAUCACCGCCAACUACUUGAGAUAUUCUGACGGACGAGUACCGCUUGAAGUGAUCACUGGCAUCGUGCCGGACAUUACAGAAUACAUGGACUUUACGAUCUAUGGAUGGGUAUACUACCGCACAGACGGCGCCCUGGGGACGAACAAAAUAGGACGAUGGUUGGGAGUGUCACACAGGACGGGUCCAAUGCUGACGUAUUGGAUAUUACUGAAGAGUGGCCGCCCAAUCUCGAUUGACACUGUCCAAGACAUCACAGAAACAGAGAAACAGACCGACUUGGUCAAAGAACAAAUGGCGCAAUGGACAACUGAUGUAUCCAAAAUCCUUGAUGCAAGGACAGGAGACAUCAGUUGGGGGAAAGAUGAGAUACCGCCACAAUUGAUGUUUGACCUCGGAUUGGAAGAUGAAGAAUUCAAAUGCAACUUCAACAAGUUGAUCAAGGCCGAAGAUGUUGACGAACUCCUUUGCAAUCAAUCAAAACAAUCAUGA